AUUGAUAUAUAUAUUUUUUUAAUCGUGACGUGAUGGUGGUGGUAUCAAGAGGUGGAUUAAGUCAGCUGAGUCCCCACCGCAGGCCCUGGUACAGAAUCACAACAUUCGAUACUUCACAGUUAAUACAAGAAAAAAGAAAAAAAAAAUCCCUCAAAUCAAAACAAUCUACUGUAUUAGCUUCCCUCUCCCGCUUUCCCUUACACUGUGGCUUCAGCAUAGUGUCCCAUUGCCAUAGCAACAAGGGUUGGCAAAUGCCCCAAAUAUCUAACUAUAUGCUCAGUCAGACACAAAUAGCACCCAACGAGAAACAUGCCGGCUGUGCAUCGCCUGCAUGCUGGAAUGUGCGCUACAAGCCAUAAAUCACAAUCAGAGAGAGAGAGAGAGAGAGAGAAAUACACACAAAACCACAUCCUUUCCUUUAAACACACUGUGCAGUAUUAACUGGGACAAGCAGAUGCACGACCGUAAACCGCGGAUGGAGCAUAAAGUGAUGAUAAGAAAGCAAGAUAGUGCGUCCUAUAUUUGUAAUGGGUGCGCGUCUCAUGCGCCGGCGACCAAUGCGCAUCCUUCCUCCACAUCAGCUGCCACCGAGGGGCAUUUGUCGACGUCACUGGAUUUUUUUCUGGGAUUUUUUUAUGUUCCUUCCUUCCUUCCUUCCUUCCUUUCCUUGUGCCUGCUUGCUAAGCGCUCCCUCUAUCUCCACCGCCCACUCCUUCCCAACCAUUGAUCCGACCACUCACCGGCUUCUUCGCCUCAUUACAUCAACCGCUCUGCGCUUUGGUGCAUUUUUUUAAUUUAUUUUUUUUACCCCAUAUUUUGGGGAUUUACUUUUAGGACGUUUACCCUUCUCCCUACAUAUUUGAAAAGAAUCCCAGCAUGGCGAGCACGGAGGAUAAACCGGCCAACAAGGCGGAAACGUCCAGCUGGAAGGACUCCUUCUACAACCCGAGGACCGGCGAGGUUCUGGGGCGCACGGCCGGCAGUUGGGCUCUCAUCUUGUUGUUCUACUUGGUGUUCUACUGCUUUCUGGCCGGUAUGUUCACCCUGACCAUGUGGGUGAUGCUGCUCACCCUGGAUGACAACGUGCCCAGGUACAGAGACCGCGUUCCUUUCCCAGGAUUGGUCAUCCGUCCGAACUCUCUGGACAUCGUGUUCAACAAAUCCGAGCCCCUCAAGUAUGCACAGUACGUGGAAAACCUGGAGUCAUUCCUGCAAAAGGAUUACAAUGACACAGAGCAGGAGAAGAAUCUGGACUGCCCCGAAGGGAAGUAUUUCCUGCAGGAUGAGGAACUGGAAAAGAAAGUGUGCCGCUUCAAGAGAGGCUACCUUAGCUUCUGCUCUGGCCUGUCUGACACAAACUUUGGUUACUCUGAGGGAAGACCAUGCGUGCUUCUGAAACUCAACAGGAUUAUUGGCCUGAAGCCUAUCGGGGACCCUUACGUCAACUGCACCGUCAAAAAGGAGAACCCAGUUCAGAUGCAGUAUUUCCCCAGAAAGGGCCGCAUUGACCAGAUGUACUUCCCCUACUAUGGCAAGAAAGCUCACAUGAACUACGUUCAGCCCCUGGUUGCCGUCAAGCUGCUGCUCAACAAGGAGGACUACAACAAGGAGCUGUCGGUGGAGUGUCGGGUAGAGGGCUCUAACCUGCGCAAUAACGACGAGAGGGAUAAGUUCCUGGGCCGCGUCACCUUCAGGAUCAAGGUGGUGGAGUAAAAAAAAAAGAGGGAAAUUGCCGGUCAAAAGGAACCCCCAGCCGGUGUGGAGGCUGCCCACAUUCGCUGAGGAAGGAAGUGUCAAAUCCCUCUCAAGACAGCAUUCGGGAUGAGGCAGAUUAGUCCGGCCCGUAGUCGGAGAGCCAGUUACGAAUGUUGCUUUGAUGACAAUGACCCUUCUUUCCUUCAAGAUUCCUUGCUGACCUCCGCAAAAGAUCCCAAGAGAACAAGACACAGGCUGUGCUCCUGAUCCAUCCCUUCCACCUGUUGCACAAGUCAUCCCCGUUUUGCUUUCAUUUCGAUGUGAUUAGCUGAAUUUAUAGCCAACGCAAGCAAGCCAUUUGGAGCUGUCGUGUUAUCGCCGAUGCAACUUCUUCAUAUUUUGUAGAUCAGGGGUGUCAAACUCAUUUUUGUCGCGGGCUACAUCCUAGUUGUGGUUUCACUCGGAGAGCCGUUAGGGCUGUGAAAAUUGUAAAAAGGUAUCAACGUGAACAUCACAUCAUAUGAUUACCUAUACAUCAUUGGAUAAGCAUUUGAUUGGUAUUCUACCCACAAAAAGUUGGGGAUAUUGGGCUUUUGAGUGAAAUCUCAUGAUGAACCUAAAGUGCUCUAGAACAUUGACAGGUGAACUUAAUUGCACCUUCUCGAAACGUAUGAAUGUCCAACUGUAAAUGUACUUUUUGCACAACUUGCUGUCUUCUAACAAAGAAGUGAAAGGCAAAAUUCACAGCAGGUGUUUUUCAAGGACGUCCACUUCUCUGCCUUUCUGUGACACUUCCAGUCUCUCUAUAUCGAGGCUUCAGACAGAAUGUUCUCGUUUCUGUAUUAUUCUUGAUCAGACUAACUGGAGUCUCUGGAAUCUUCAAUGAGUCACGAGUGUUGUGAUUCACAACUGAAGGUAUAGGAACACACUGAAAUAAGUUACACUACAAAAUGGUUCCAUUAUGUCCACUUCUGUGACUUUUCCAGUCUCUCUCGCGAUGGCGAGGCUUCGGACAGGAUAUUAGUAUAACUUAUUUCAGUGUGUUCCUGUAAAUUCGAUAUUGAAUUGCAACACUUGUGAUGAAUUCGAUUAUUCAAUCAAGAGCUACUCCAGUUCUUCUGAUCGAGAACAAUACCGAAAGGCGGAGGUGUGAGACCUCCCCUUCGGAUCCUAUCGUGCUAAUCGUCUGUGUCUUCCUGCAUUAUGCGUGUAGGUCUGAACCAUUUACAUGGAGGUAUAAAAAUCAGUGUUUGCGACCUUCACUUGGCCAGACCUGCACGUCUCCAAUUGUCUGACAGAGAAUAAACGGCGCAAGUUACGUUGUCUUAUUUAUUUCAGGUAUUCUCGAACGGAACAAGUCAUUUUCCCCACAACGUCGUCCUUGGAAAUAUAUUGGUCACCUGGAAAGGUUCUAGUGCAUUUUCGAUUCAUCCUCAAAUUUCACCUGAAAGUCAAAUAUCCCAAUCUUUUUGUUUGGUUGUAAUAUCUGUUCAAAUCGAAGAAAAUGUUUGACUUUGGUUCAGAUAAUCUGCCCAAACUAAACAAACAAAUCCAUUUAGCAACAACUAUGAAGUAGAAAAACUCAUUGCUGAUGUGGUGCCCCAGGGCUUUUGAGUUUAACACCUUUCGAUAGAUCUUCCAUCCCCGGAAGAGAGCAGUGUUGUUUUCAUCCCCCCAUAGUCGUAUGGUAUACGAACGACAGCAUUAAAGAUGGUCCUGAGAGAGAAUACGAGGAUUCUUAUCUUGUUGUGAGAUGGUGGGGGAAGAAGUCCGGUAGCUCAUUUCCAGCACUUAUUUUAUGAUUAUUAUUAUUUUUAUUUUUUGCAAAAGUGUCACAUAUUACACCACAAAGAAUCCAUAUGUUGAUAAUAUAAUAUAGCAACUGUAUUCCUGUAUAUGAAAAAAAAAAUAUCUUUCUACAUAUAAAUACAUAGUGAUCCUUAGCAUAUUUAGGGAAUAAUAGAUAAAUCUUUGUGUUGGGGCACGUGUCGCCGCAACCUAGUCUCGUGCCGUCCGUCUUGCCUGUCUGCAUGUCUGCCUGUCUGUUUUUCGGUCAGUCUGUCUUCCUGUGUGCUCACCUCUCCAUUGCAACAGCCGACAUGUGGGUGAGCCCUUCAGGAUUAGAUAUGUUGUCUUGCUCCGAUGCUAUGGGAAGCCGUUUGAGCAUUUAUUCCAUAUCCUUCAUUUCCAGCUUAAGGUCCAUGUACUAGCACGCUCUUUGGCCUCACUAGUAAGACAAGUCAGCAUGUUUUUUUCCCACUACUACCUUUCACUGCUUUAUUACAUUUCUGCACUCUAGAAGAUAGGACAGCUACAUGUUAUGAAUGGGGCAAAACUAUUAGUGAACAUUUUGGUGCUACCAGUUUAUGACACAUGCCUACUAGUUGGGCCUAGUAGUGUUAGUAGUGCAGCACAGUAGUUUACAAGUAAGGUGAAUUUGUGUCCUCGUAGGCUAAAAGCGGCAAUAGUAGAGGUUAAAAUGUUACUAGUAAGGCGUUCUCUCUUUGUCCGCACUAGUAAUACAAUUUAGUUCACUAGUAUAAUGACCAUGUCUUACUAGUAACUUUUUUUUUCACUACAGCUGUCAUUUCUGCACUCAAGUAGGACAACUACAUGUCACUAGUGAUGCAAAACUAAUAGUGGGCAUUUGGGUCCAGGUAGCUACUAGUGCAUGACACAUGCCUAUGAGUCGGGCCUAGUAGUGUUACUAGUGCAGCACAAUAAUUUACUAGUAAGGUUUAAUUGCAUACUCGUGGGUCAAAAGUGACAUUAGUCGUGGAAAAAAACAUUACUAGUAAGACACAGUCAUUCUAUCAUUGUGGUGAGGCCAAAGAGGGUACUAGUACACCUUAAACUGAAUAUGAAGGAUAUGGAAUCAAUGCUCGAAGUGUUGUCCAUAGAUACAAGCUGAGGAGACAAACAUGCGCACACACACACUAAGUACACUGUAAAUUGCUUCGACGUCAGAGAGGUGCGGUGAGACAAACGAGGAAAAAAAGAUCAAUAAAAAGCAUCGCAAAGUUCAGCAUUACCUGUAAGUAUGUGCUAAAUAUCACUACGUGAUCUCUAUCUCUCUCCGGCUCUCAAAUAUUGUUUGUUAGUUUUCUCUCUUCUUCGGCCCGUUGAUCUGAUUGUCUGCCAGUCUAUUACUCUUACUCAAUGUAUAUAUAUCUACUGUAAACACUAUCGACCAUAUUUACUUAAUUCACACUGUAUUUUUGUCACAAAAACACAACGUCUGUGGAUUGUAAAGAAAUAAUUUAAAUAUUUACAGGAAAUGAUCUUAUUCAAAACUAUGUUUACACAGUGUUUAAAGGAACCCAUGUUUGAAAGAACAACUUGUAACAUCUCAGGGUGCCUUAAGACCUGAUGAAAUAAAUUGUGAAAUAAAAGUGAUUUUGAAGGAAAA